CAUAUGCAGAUGACUAUCCAGGCUCUGCAGGAUGAGCUUCGGAUCCAGCGGGACCUGAACCAGCUGUUCCAGCAGGACAGCAGCAGUAGAACCAGUGAGCCCCUCGUGGCAGAGCUGACAGAGGAAAACUUCCAACGCCUUCAUGCAGAGCACGAGCGCCAGGCCAAGGAGCUCUUCCUGCUCCGGAAAACCUUGGAAGAGAUGGAGCUGCGUAUUGAGACGCAGAAACAGACCUUAAAUGCACGUGAUGAGUCCAUCAAAAAGCUGCUGGAGAUGCUGCAGAGCAAAGGUCUGUCAGCAAAAGCCACCGAGGAAGACCAUGAGCGAACAAGGCGACUGGCCGAGGCGGAGAUGCACGUGCACCACCUGGAAAGCCUUCUUGAACAGAAGGAGAAAGAAAACAACAUGCUGAGAGAGGAGAUCCAUCGUCGGUUUGAAAAUGCUCCUGACACGGCCAAGACCAAGGCUCUGCAGACUGUUAUUGAGAUGAAGGAUUCCAAAAUUUCUUCCAUGGAACGUGGCCUGCGGGACUUGGAAGAGGAGAUUCAGAUGCUGAAGUCAAAUGGAGCUCUGAGCACAGAGGAACGUGAGGAGGAAAUGAAGCAGAUGGAAGUGUACCGGAGUCAUUCCAAAUUCAUGAAAAAUAAGGUAGAGCAACUGAAGGAAGAGCUAAGUGCCAAAGAGGCUCAAGGGGAGGACCUGAAAAAGAGAGUGGCUGGUCUCCAGACCGAGGUCUCUGCAAUUGGGCAGGUGAAACAGGAGCUGUCACGCAAAGACACCGAGUUGUUGGCCUUGCAGACAAAGCUGGAGACCCUCACAAACCAGUUCUCUGACAGCAAGCAGCAUAUCGAGGUUCUGAAAGAGUCCCUUACAGCUAAGGAGCAAAGGGCUGCCAUCCUGCAGACAGAGGUGGACGCGCUACGAUUACGCCUGGAGGAGAAGGAGACUAUGCUGAAUAAGAAGACGAAGCAGAUUCAGGAGAUGGCAGAGGAGAAAGGGACUCAAGCAGGAGAGAUCCAUGACCUCAAGGACAUGUUAGAGGUGAAGGAACGCAAAGUGAAUGUUCUUCAGAAGAAGAUUGAAAAUCUUCAGGAACAGUUGAGAGACAAGGAGAAGCAAAUGAGCAGCUUGAAGGAUCGAGUGAAAUCCUUACAGGCUGACACCACAAACACUGACACUGCCCUGACCACGCUGGAGGAAGCACUCGCAGAAAAG